AUGCGCAGCCUCAUCGGCCUUGCACUGCUUCCACUAGCGGUUGCAGUUCCCCACACCUCACAAAAGUCAGAGUCGACUUACGACUACAUCAUUGUUGGAGGUGGCACCAGUGGCCUCGUCGUUGCAAACCGAUUGUCCGAGAAAAAGGACACCACUGUCCUGGUGAUCGAAGCCGGCGGCUCCGUUUAUAACAACCUAAAUGUGACCGACACUCUCGGAUACGGCAAAGCGUUUGAUACCGACAUUGACUGGGCCUACAAAACGAUAGACCAAGAAUAUGCCGGUGGUUCCCCACAAACAAUACGUGCCGGAAAGGCACUCGGAGGAACAUCGACCAUCAACGGCAUGGCGUACCUCCGUGCCCAGGCAGCUCAGAUCGAUGCGUGGGAGACCGUCGGAAAUAAGGGCUGGAACUGGAAGACUCUGCUCCCCUACUUCAAAAAGGGCGAACACUUGCAAGAUCCGGCACAGUACCCAUUCUUGGAUGGAUCCGGUGUUGCUUUUGAUCCGGCCUACCACGGCUUUACUGGACCACUGAAGGUUGGCUGGUCUUCAACACAGUUGAACGACGGCCUUGCUCAGAAAUUGAACACUACCUAUCAGAACCUUGAUGUUCCUGUUCAGUACAACCUGGACCCCAAUGGCGGAGAUAUGGUUGGAUACAGCUUGUAUCCCAAGACGGUUGAUUCUGAGCUCAAUAUCCGUGAGGAUGCUGCUCGUGCCUACUAUUAUCCCUACCAGAACCGAAACAAUCUCCUUGUCUGGCUCAACACACACGCCAACAAGAUUACCUGGAAGAAUGGCCAUGAGGUCACUGCGAAUGGUGUCGAGGUCACUUUUUCCAAUGGCACAACCACCGUGGUUAAGGCUACUCGUGAAGUAAUCCUCGCUGCUGGAGCAUUGAAAUCUCCCGUUCUGCUCGAGCUUUCCGGCAUCGGAAACCCAAACAUUCUUUCCAAGUACGGAAUCGCCACCAAAAUUAACCUGCCAACUGUCGGCGAAAACCUGCAGGACCAAAUGAACAAUGGUCUCCAGUUCGACUCGAAGAAAACCUACAGCAGCAACAAGAGUGCCGACUACGUCGCCUACCCCUCAGCAUCCCAGCUCUUCCCCAACUCCACAGCGCUCGGAGCCGAGCUUCUUCGCGAGCUUCCCGCUUAUGCAGCACAGGUUGCAUCCGCCAAUGGCAACAUCACCAAAGCCCGCGACAUAUACCGCUUCUUUAAGAUCCAGUGGGAUCUGAUCUUUAAAUCUGGUAUCCCUGUUGCGGAGAUCCUGUUGUCGGCCUCUGGAACCUCGUAUAGCAGCGAAUACUGGGGGUCUGUUCCGUUCUCUCGCGGCAGCGUUCACCUCUCUUCCGCGGACCCCACCGCGGCGGCUAUCAUUGACCCCAAGUACUUCAUGCUGGACUUUGAUCUACAUUCUCAGGUGGAGGCGGCGCGGUUUAUUCGUGAGAUUUUCAAAACUGAACCAUUUGCUGAUAUGGUUGGUCCUGAAACCAGCCCCGGUCUUUCUACUGUUGCUGCUGGUGCUGAAGAUGAGGGCUGGGCUGAUUUCAUCAAAGGUCAAUACCGAUCAAACUUCCACCCGAUCACCACAGCUGCCAUGCUUCCCAAGGAGAUUGGUGGUGUUGUCGACUCGUCGCUGAAGGUUUACGGAACCUCGAAUGUUCGUGUUGUGGACGCUUCCGUCAUGCCUUUCCAGGUUUGCGGUCACCUUCAGAGUACCGUCUAUGCGGUUGCUGAGCGUGCGGCCGAUAUCAUCAAGGCGUGCUCCUAG